AUGACUUUAAACACGCAUUUUCACAGGGCAGUGUUCAUGGAGGAGCAAUAUACAGAGUCUGAAACAAAGAAAAAAAAAGCAAAACAAAAGGCUGCAGCCAUUGAUGAAAGCGUGAGUGAUCGAUCAGGAUUCAGCCAGUAUUCUGAUUCAGAAGGUGAUGAAGUCCAUUCGGAUGUAAAAGAUACUUGCUUACUCACGCAGGUAUCUGCUACAUGGUAUAGAGCUCCUGAGUUGCUGUCUGGGAGUAGACAGUAUGGAGCAGGAGUUGAUGUUCGGGCUGCAGGCUGUAUCUUUUCCGAGCUAUUACUUCGUAGCCGUUUUUAUCGGUCAGAGCUCGUGAAAAGAAGGAGUCUGAGAUCCGCAUUAGUUAGUAUUUUGGAUGAUCGCAGGUAUGUACGAAUGGUGAUGUCAAACAAGUCUGAGGAUAUCGAGCGGCUCACAUGUUCCAAGAGUUUUCGUUACCAAGAGCUGUACAUAUUAUCACUUGAAAUGUCUCAUGCUUUCAGGAAACGAAAAAACUUGAACCCAACGCAACAACAAACAGCUUAA